AUGCCCAAAGCCAGCUAUAUACCUUGGACUUUCUCAGAGGAGGACAACCUGCCACGCUGGCUGUCUCAGCACUUCCAUCUGUCUUGGGAGGAAAAGUCUGAAGAGUACCACAAGCAGUUUGGCCGCCGGAGAGUCCCGAGUCACUACGAGGCAAAUAGAAUCAGCUGCAGAAAGAGGUUCUCUACGGCCCGACACACGGCUAUCCGCCGGGCACGACUUCGACGGCAACGGCAUUUGCUAGACAUCCCCGACGCUCCUCCGACGUUUAGCCUGAAGGGCCCCGAACCUGAGUCUCUGCGGUUGGUGCAGCGGUUCUUGAUGGAGAAAAUCUCACCAGGAAGGCUGUAA